AGCUGCCUCUUUAAACCGGCUUUCCUCCAGAGCAGGGGGAGACAGGAGUGUGGUUUGUGGCCAGACCUGAGGGCUCCAAUUAACCAGUUGCCUGGUCCUAUAAACUCCAGAGAGACAAACGUCUUAAAAGAAAUCUUCGCUCUCCGGGACUCAGUCCUGCGCUCGCGGUGCGGAUCUGUGUGCGCGCACUCCGUGCCUCCGGACGAAGCGAACGAGGAGGAGCCAGCGCCGGGAGGCGGGAACGACCUGCCACGGGUGAGAUGAUGGAGCAGCGUCUUUGGCGGCCGCGGCGGCAGCAGCAGCAGCAGCUCUUGAACACACCUCAAUGAGAGCGACGGUGGAAGCUGCUGAGCAGAAAGACGUAAGCAGGCUAACUAUAGCCGCCGGGAGCGAGAGGGGAUGUGACCUGUUCUGCUCAAGGCUGUGAGGUGCGUAAUCCCGAGCCGACCCAUUAUGGAGCGGGUGCAGCCGGCGUUGCCACAGGUGAUUUGAUUUCCUGUGACGGUAGCUUAACCAGCCGGGCCAAUUCCGAAACACUCUUAUUUUAAAGUCCCUUUCGACUGGGUGCCAUCUGGAGAAGGGAGCCGACUCCUAGUAAAAGUCUUACUGUUGAUAAACUGACGACCAAAUUUUAAAAAAAGUGUCUCCCGUUACCUCCUCUCGUGUCUGCGAAGCAGAUGGGAGCCAUGGCUUAUCCCUUACUCUUCUGCCUCCUGCUCGCUCAUCUGGGAUUGGGAACUGUUAGCACCAGCCGCGACCCUCUGGGACGGCUGGAUUCCCCUCGUGAGAGAACCCUGAGGCUGAAGCAGCACGCCCAGCAGCCGGCUCGAGCCUCUGCCUCGGACCCCUCGGCUCCCUGGAGCCGCUCCACCGACGGCACCAUCUUGGCGCAGAAACUCGCCGAGGAGGUGCCCAUGGACGUGGCCUCUUACCUCUACACCGGGGACUCCCACCAGCUGAAGCGAGCCAACUGCUCCGGCCGCUACGAGUUGGCGGGCCUGCCGGGGAAGUCGUCAGCCCUAGCCAGCUCCCAUCCUUCCUUGCACGGGGCGCUGGACACGCUGACACACGCCACUAACUUCCUCAACAUGAUGCUGCAGAGCAAUAAGUCGAGGGAGCAGAACUUGCAGGACGACCUGGAGUGGUACCAGGCACUGGUGCAGAGUCUCCUGGAGGGCGAGCCCAGCAUUUCCCGGGCAGCCAUCACCUUCAGCACCGAGUCGCUGUCCGCACCGGCCCCGCAGGUUUUCCUCCAGGCCACCCGCGAAGAGAGCCGCAUCCUGCUCCAGGACCUGUCCUCCUCGGCACACCACCUGGCCAACGCCACGCUGGAGACCGAGUGGUUCCACGGCCUGCGGCGCAAGUGGAGGACCCACUUACACCGCCGCGGCUCCAAUCAGGGGCCCCGGAGCCUGGGCCAUAGCUGGCGGCGCAGGGACGGGCUUGGCGGGGACAAGAGCCACGUCAAGUGGUCUCCGCCUUAUCUGGAGUGCGAGAACGGGAGUUACAAGCCUGGGUGGCUGGUCACUCUGUCCGCUGCUUUCUACGGGUUGCAGCCUAACCUGGUCCCGGAAUUCAGGGGUGUUAUGAAAGUUGACAUAAAUCUUCAGAAAGUGGACAUUGACCAAUGUUCAAGUGAUGGCUGGUUUUCAGGAACUCACAAAUGUCACCUUAACAAUUCAGAGUGUAUGCCAAUUAAAGGUCUAGGAUUCGUGCUUGGAGCCUAUCAGUGCAUUUGCAAAGCAGGAUUCUAUCAUCCUCAAGACUUCUCAGUGAACAACUUUCAGAGAAGUGCAAAAGAUGUGUCAGAAGAAGCCCAUGUCUGCCUACCCUGCAGGGAGGGCUGCCCUUACUGUGCUGAUGACAGCCCCUGCUUUGUCCAGGAGGAUAAGUAUUUGCGACUUGCUAUCAUCUCCUUCCAAGCCCUGUGUAUGCUGCUCGACUUCGUUAGCAUGCUGGUGGUCUACCACUUUCGCAAAGCAAAGAGCAUCAGGGCAUCAGGCCUUAUCCUGCUGGAAACAAUUCUCUUUGGGUCUCUGCUUCUGUACUUUCCAGUUGUUAUUUUGUACUUUGAGCCAAGCACUUUUCGCUGUAUUCUCCUCAGAUGGGUCCGUCUUCUCGGUUUUGCUACUGUUUAUGGAACUGUCACUCUCAAGCUUCACAGGGUUUUGAAGGUGUUUCUUUCACGAACAGCCCAGCGGAUUCCAUAUAUGACUGGUGGACGGGUCAUGAGGAUGCUUGCAGUAAUGCUUCUGGUAGUAUUCUGGUUUCUUGUUGGCUGGACUUCGUCUGUUUGCCAGAAUUUGGAGAGGCAGAUUUCACUUAUUGGCCAAGGGCAAACAUCUGAUCACCUCAUCUUCAAUAUGUGCCUCAUUGAGCGCUGGGAUUACAUGACAGCAGUCGCUGAAUUUUUAUUCCUCUUGUGGGGUGUUUAUCUCUGCUAUGCAGUGCGGACAGUGCCAUCAGCAUUUCAUGAGCCACGCUAUAUGGCUGUUGCAGUUCACAAUGAGCUCAUUAUCUCUGCUAUAUUCCAUACAAUUAGAUUCGUUCUUGCCUCAAGACUUCAGUCUGACUGGAUGCUAAUGCUAUAUUUUGCACAUACUCAUUUGACUGUGACAGUCACCAUUGGGUUGCUUUUGAUUCCAAAGUUUUCACAUUCAAGCAAUAACCCCCGAGAUGACAUUGCUACAGAAGCAUAUGAAGAUGAGCUAGACCUGGGCCGGUCUGGGUCCUACCUGAACAGCAGCAUCAACUCCGCGUGGAGUGAGCACAGCUUAGACCCGGAGGACAUUCGGGAUGAGCUGAAGAAACUCUAUGCCCAGCUGGAAAUAUAUAAAAGGAAGAAGAUGAUUACAAAUAACCCCCACCUCCAGAAAAAGCGGUGCUCCAAGAAGGGCUUAGGCCGUUCAAUCAUGAGGCGUAUAACCGAGAUCCCAGAGACAGUCAGCAGGCAAUGUUCCAAAGAGGACAAGGAAGUCACAGACCACAGCACAGCCAAAAACACUGCCCUGGCCAGGAAGAACCCACAGGAGUCUUCAGGUAACACUGGGAAGCCCAAAGAGGAGUCCCUGAAAAACCGAGUCUUCUCCCUAAAGAAAUCGCACAGCACUUAUGAUCAUGUGAGGGAGCACACGGAAGAGUCCAACAGUUUACCAGUGGAAAGCCAAGAAGAGGAAGCUACAGAACAAUCUACGCUGGAGUCUCUGUCAAGUAAAAAACUAACACAAAAACUGAAAGAGAACAGUGAGGCCGAGUCCACAGAGUCUGUGCCUUUGGUGUGUAAGUCAGCAAGCGCUCACAAUCUCAGCUCAGAGAAGAAGCCGGGCCACCCCCGAACAUCCAUGUUGCAAAAGUCUCUCAGUGUCAUAGCAAGUGCCAAGGAGAAGACUCUUGGAUUAGCUGGGAAAACCCAAGCAUCAGGCAUGGAAGAUCGUGCUAAAUCCCAGAAACCUCUGCCAAAAGAUAAAGAAACAAACAGAAAAUACUCAAAUUCAGAUAACGCAGAGACUAAAGAUUCUGCCCCCCAAAACUCCAAUCAUUUGGAGGAGCCAAGAAAACCUCAGAAAUCUGGGAUUAUGAAGCAACAAAGGGUCAACCAGCCCACUGCCAAUUCUGACAUGAGCCCAGGCACCACCCAGAUGAAGAACAACUUUGACAUAGGGGAAGUGUGCCCUUGGGAGAUUUAUGACCUGGCCCCUGGUCCCGUGCCUUCAGAAUCAAAAGUUCAAAAACACGUAUCUAUUGCAGCUUCUGAAAUGGAGAAAAACCCAACUUUUUCCUUAAAGGAGAAAUCUCAUCAGAAGCCCAGGGCAGCUGAACUGUAUCAGCAAACCAAUCAGAAGAGCAUAGACAAGGCUGAGUUAUGCCCUUGGGAGAGCCAAGGUCAGCCCAGUUUUGAAGAUGAGAAGCCUUUGAUUUCCAAGACUCAGGUUCCCCCAGGGAGAGCCAAAGAUGAGAAUGGCGGUCAGCAUUAUGCAGCCAAUGUGUGUGCUGGACAAUAUGAAGAACUGCCCCCCAAAGUUGUAGCAUCAAAAAUCGAGAAUGAAAAUCUCAACCCAACAGGAGACCAGGAUAAAAAGAUAUCUUCCCCUGAGGAAAAUGCGCCCGGCUCCUAUAACUCAAGUAAUAACUUUCAGCAGGCUUUAACAUCUCGAGCUGAGGUGUGCCCUUGGGAGUUUGAGACCCCAGAUCAACCAAAUGCUGAAAGAAGUGUAGCUUUACCUGCCUCUUGCACUCUAAGUGCAAAUAAGAUGGCAGGGCCUCGGAAAUAAGAGGUCUGGGAUACUUUUAAAGUGUAGCAUCCCCAGAAAGAAAAGGAGAAGGAAGAAGCCCUUAAUUCAACAGAAGAUGGAAGGAUCAAAAAUUCCCAAGGAGUGUUUGUCAGUUGAGGGAAAUGUGAAAGGCACGGGUGGAAGAAGACUGGGAGGGCAGAGUAACAGCAAAGUGGAAGAAUUAGACUGGCCAAGGGAAGUCUUUCCCCUGGGAACACGAGGAGAAUCCUUACAUUUCAGCAUGGUUAGCGGGAGUCGCCCUCACUGUCUGCCCCUGAUCAGUAUUUACCCAUGGCACUUUGAAGAUCCUAAGCAAGGCCAACCAGAAGACACAGAAGAGGUAUGAGAUUUUGCAAAGAACAAGAAGGUAUAGAUCCAUAUGACCGAAAUUCUCAAGUAGCUAACUGAACUUACUUUACCUAUUUAACCGUGAUAGCACUGCUAACUUAAUGCAUCCCAAAAAUACCUUUUAUAUUAAUGAUUGCUCUCAUUUUCUUAUAAAUGUAUGUUUCAGUACAUUGUUGUGUCUCAUAUUCAAGCAUUCCAGAUUGUAUAAUUUUUGCAAAUAACUUUGAUAUUACGUGACACAACACAUUUAUGCAAUCCGCAGCUACUCAGUUGUUAUUGCAAGUUACAGAAUACCUGCUAUUUAUCAACUUUAGUUGAUCCUUGGAGUACAAUAAGCUUUCUCUGGCUUGGGAAGCCAUAACCGUUAUGAUAAAAUCUUUUAGUUUUGGCUGUGGUUUAUAUAUUGUGAAUUUGGAUUUGACUCUAUUGUUUCACAUCAUAGUUUCUGAUACUGUCUUAAUCAGGGUUUUUUAUACAAGUUGAGUUACUUGUUUUGCACUUCUUGUUAGGACUCAAGAGAUCAAGUGGUCCGACUUAGUCAUAUGUCUCAGUAAAGGACAACUUACCUAUUGUUUGUUCAGAGUCAGAGACAGGUAACACCUUCAUUCCAAUUUAUUGUCCCUUUUAACUCUUUCAGUAUUUCAUACUUAGCAGCAUUUCGCCAGGAAGAAGCUAAGAGUGAGAAAAACACACUGCACAUUAUUAUUACCACUGAAAAGGGAAGACUCUAGGAACGACAUGAGAAUUGUCACAGUACUGCAGAGCCAGGGAAUUUGCCUUUCAAGACACAGACAGGAAGGGAGCUACUGAUAGCACUUUCAAGGGAGUAUUUUUUUAAAGAGAAAAAUUAUGAUAGCAUCAAGAUCACUGUAUGGAUAUAUUUUUAUUAUGCAUACUGAAUAUAUAUUUUAAAUUACCUGAAACUACUUAUUCUCGUAAACUCUUAUUCUUUGCUUCAGCUAGGGGUAACACUUGCUGGGCUUAAAUCCCAAAGAGGUUUAUAACCUGAUAUAUUCAAAGCCUAUAAGGUGGUGUGGGCUCUUCCUUUUCCCAAGCACUGGAAAACUUACAAGUCCUGCAAAUUGCCAUUGUGAGCCACCCAGCUCAAAAUGAAAAGCGCAAGGUUUAUUUGCAAAGCAAAACAGCCCCCAGAGCAAAAUUUGUAAAUCCUACUGCCUUCCACCCUGAUCACUUGGCAUGAGAAUCCUAAGCUACUGACUUCGCUGACUUAGCCCUACUGAUGUGAUCAUGCAAAGAGAUUCCAUUCCAAAGCUCAGUCUCAUUUUAUUUAAAGAUGAAUCGCUUAAGAAUAAAAUGCAGACUUCCCUUUCUCUCGUGCUAGACACACUGAAGGAUCAAUGUCUUCUUUGGCCAGGACAUUGCCAGCCUAACUAAUGGCUUUUCAUUUCAUGAGCAGCAAGGAGAACAUGCUAGGAGGAUAAAAGAUAGGAAAAGAGAAUCAGAAGGUAGAUACAGGGCUGUUCUGAGAAGAUACCAUUCUCAGUGGAAACUAGAAACUAGGACUUCUCCUUAUUCAUCAUCAAAAUUUUCUCAGCGGUUUGUAUUCAGGAGUAAGUGAGCACGUCACCAUUUUGCAAAGCUGUGCAUCUAUCUUCCUCGCCCAUUCGCUUGCUUUGUGCAUUACUCAGGUUGGUGGGGUAGGUGUGAAGAGAUAUAGAAAUUCUAUUUUUCUGUGUUUCCUCUAUUUUACUUCCUUCAUUUCUCCCUUUUCAGUCAAGGCCUCUUUAUUUGUUAACCUCAGAACACAACUUUAAGGAAUAUUUAUAUUGAACUUGGUUUGGAAUUUCCAGGUCCACCUACUUGUUUCAUUUAUGUUCAAGGUCUGUUAGCACUUUAUUCACUUUUUAAGAAAUAAGCAGUUCAAGCAUCGGUGACUUUUUACUGCACUUCAGGAUGAUCCUGCUAGAGAUGUGGCUUAAAGAAGACUUGCCAAAUUAUACCUUAGUGACAUUCUACAGUCCAUAGAUUUUUCUCCACCAGCAUAAAUCAGUGAGAGUGCCUCCAGUCUUUCCUAGAGUUUUAUUGCCAUUACUUAUCACCAAGAGAAGUUUAAAUCUACAAUUCUUGAGGUUAUUUUCCUAAAUCAAUAACAAUAAGAAAGUGAAUCAACACUGUUAAGGUCACAAACAUUUGCUAGGUUGUCCUUCUCAAUGCAUGUGCAGGCUGCAUCCUCUCCUCGUUUUUAAGCCAGGGUUUAUAAAUAAGUAGAUUUAUACCAAUCUUAAUAGAACUGUAUAUUUUAUGCAAGAAUUAAAUGCUUUACGACAUGAAUUAUAACUCAGCCCAUUGUAAACUUUGGUGGCAAUAUGGAUUUGAAACUCGACAGUUCUCUUGUAUUUGCUUCCUAGGUUUCUGCAUGCAAGUGGUGACAGGUAGGACUGAGAAACACUGCCUUUUGACUUCUAGCAUUUAGCGACCGAGAGUUGUAGAGUCAAUAAAGCUGUAAGUCUCUUCACUUAAUCUGUGGUUCUUCUGAAACUAUUAUCUGAAACCAACAGCAUCCCACCAUGAAAAAUAUUUGGUAAAUUUAUGUUGUGAUGUGUUACAGCAUGUAAAUAAUUAUAACUUCUCUGCAAUAAAACAUAUUUAUAUGA